AUGCGGGUUCUGCAGAUUGUACGUCGCCUCUCGUCUGCGCAAGCGCUUUCCACGCUCCGACACUCGGUCCAAAGCGCUCUGCCUUCAGUUCCCAGUCGUACGAUCGCUGCCGGGUGUGCGUCCACGACUUUCUCCCGUACCUUUAGCACGAAUCUUUUCGACAACGAGGACGACGACGACGAGUAUUCGUUCAUCGAGUAUCCGCCUGUUUCUGCCCACGUCCAGAAACAGGCCCCUCGCUUUACUGCGAAAGCAGUUGUUAAUGAGGAAAUUACUGCCGUGUCCCUCGAGUCGUUUAUUGGCCAAUAUGUAGUGCUCUUUUUCUACCCCAAAGAUUUUACUUACGUGUGUCCGACGGAGAUUAUCGCGUUUAAUGACCGGGUGGAGGACUUCCGAGCACUCAACACGCAACUCAUUGCCGUGUCCUGCGACUCGCCCGAGAGUCAUUUGGCAUGGACUCGACUGCCUCGUAAUAAGGGCGGACUAGGCAAAAUGGACAUUCCCAUUGUCUCGGACAUUACCAAGCUCAUUUCGGCCAAAUACGGCGUGCUGGUGGAACAGGAUGGAGUAGCUCUACGUGGACUCUUUAUCAUGGACAAACAAGGAGUCUUGCAGCAGAUUACGAUCAACAACAUGCCCAUUGGCCGCAGUGUCGACGAGACGCUGCGUCUGAUUAAAGCUCUGCAGUUUGUAGAGGAGCAUGGAGAAGUGUGUCCAGCUAAUUGGCAGCCAGGAGGGAAGACGAUCAAGGCGACUCCGACGAGUAGCUACGAGUACUUUUCGUCGAUCAAGGAAGCUGCCGAGGACGACGACGACGAGGCGGCAUCUUCUGCCUUGACGCUCGUGAAGAAUAAGGCACAGUUCCAGGAACUCAUUCAGAGCGGUAAGCCUGUGGUUGCUGAUUUUAUGGCUCCAUGGUGCGGCAAGUGCGCGCAGAUUGAACCGACGGUGGUGAGCCUGGCAGAAGCUCACCCUGAAGUGACGUUUGCGAAGAUGGAUGUGUCGAUUCCAGAAGUGGAGAAGCUCAAGGAUGAACUCGAGGUUGGGGCGUACCCGGAGUUCCGCUUCUUUAAGGAUGGCAAGGAGGUCCACGAGAAGAUUUCGGGAUACAAGAAGUCGUUGCUCAAGAAAGCGGUGGAGAAGUUGCUGUAA